CUCCUCCUCCCCCUCCUGCUAGUCUACUUAUUAAAAAACCGACCGGUAGUUUGCAGAUCUAUUAAAAAAUCCCUGACAGAGCGAAACAGCAGUUUACUCCUCAUUCAGUGUGAAACAGCGUCUCUCGCGCAGCCAUGACGCACAUCGCUGCUCUUCUUCCUUUAAUUAUGGCAGCAUCAUCACUCCUGAGCUGCAGAGCUGUGUCAGCCUCCAUCCUCUGCCCCUGGACUAAAGUUGCGUCUGCAGACGCAGUGCACCGCAGUUUCCUCCGGAGCGACCCCCAGCAGAGCCCCCCAUCCCUACGGCUGUACCACAGCGUCUGGUCCGGGGAGCGCGCUCUGCUCGCUUGCUCCUGGAGCGAUGACGCAGCAGUGAUCCGCAGCUAUCUGUCUCUGUGCCGGGAGCGCACGCAGGAAUUUUACGGACAUCAAAAUGAAAACUUAGAUUUGGAGUCCGUCUUUGACGCUGAGCAGUGCGUUUCUCUGGCUUCUCCGGGCUUCUCCGGGCUCAGGAAGACGGGGGGGAGACACACGAGGAGCGCUGGUGGUCCUGAAGAUGAAGGGUCAGAGGUCAGGAUGCAUCAGCGCGUAAAGCGCGGCUUUAUCGUACCUGGGACUCUUUGGUGCGGCUCUGGUAACAAGGCACCAUCUUUUGAUGAUUUAGGAGUUUUCUCGGACACAGACAGCUGCUGCCGGGAACACGACCAGUGCAAAGACACCAUCCUGUCCUUUCACUCCCAGUUUGGCGUCUUCAACAGCAACAUUUUCACCAUGUCUCACUGCAACUGUGAUAACAAGUUUCGUAACUGUCUGAGCGAGGCGAACGACAGCAUCUCUGACGUGGUGGGAUACACCUUCUUCAACCUGCUGAAGAUGCACUGCUUCACUUUCUCCCACCAGCUGCAGUGUAUUCAGAGAAACUGGUUCGGGAUGUGCAAAGAGACUCAGAUGGCGCUGUAUGCUGACGUCCAUCCACCCACUCUGUACGAGUCCACUGAGCCAAUGGAGGGAUGUACAAACAGCUCGUGCUCCAUCAUCAACUCCACAGCACCUACAGAACUCCUGGAGAGCAGCACAUCAGCACAGCUCCUCUCCAGCACUGCUGCAUCAUCCAUGGUCCCCACACCUUCAGCCAGGUCCCCCUCCAUCACUCCUGCCACCCAAGCUUCCAGCUCCAUGCAGAGACCUACAGAAUCAGCACCAGAGAGGAAAGACGAUCUGGAGAACGCUCUACCUGCCAAACAUCAAACUGUUCUGGAGCAGUAUGCCAACAUUACAGAGGAACAGAUGUCCUGUGGUAUCUUGAAAGAACUGGACGAAUGUGGGAAUAAAAUCCUCCCGCAGCAGAUGAAAUUUGGCCUCCACAACACAGAGCCGAGGACGAUGUACGACUGCAACUGUACCCAUAGGUUAUUCCAGACAUUGGCUGAACAGAGACAGCUGACCGAAGUGCAGGGUCUCUUGUUGGGACAUGUCUCUCAGUCUUGCUUUCGGCCUCAUGACUGCACAGCCAACAACACCAGCUGUGGUGCUGUGGUGGUGGCAGCGGAGCUUCCUCCACAGGGCUUGAGGAGCAGUGAAGUAUUCCAGCAGCCCCAUCUACAGGCUGCAAAGCUGAAGGCCAGGAAGCCAAACUUCAGGAGAGCUAAGACAAAAAACAGAGCCGUGAGACUCUACAAGCUGUGUCUCAGGAUGACCCGACCCAAAAAAACCAAGAGGGCCAGAAAACCUGGACCCAGCCCAGAGCAGCCAGCUGAGGGGAGACGGCUGGUCUGAACAGGAUUAUUACAGGAAGGCAACAGAAAAAAGCCAUUGUGAAAUAAAAUAACAUGAAAAAAUAGAUCUUAGACAGUGAAAUAUCAUAUUUAGGUUGUUUUGUAAUAUUUUACUAAAUUUAAUCUUUACAUCUACAGUGCACACAAAUGCAAGAUGGAAUAAAUAGAUUAAAUUCUUAUUUUCCCACUUUUUUUUACUGAUAAAAUAAUAUGAAAAAAAGAAAAGGC